AUGGCCGAGCCGGACGUUUCUCACUGCUGGCAUGGAGACACUAAGUUACUUCACGGUACUGCACUUCGCCGAACAGAGGUUCGAAAAGCAUUGGAAGUGUUGCAGCGGGAGCUCCAAACCAUCAGUGGCUGUCCAACCCAGGUCCAUGCGGAAAUCACGUUCAACAUCUUCACACCCGCCAACCCGCGAGAACAUGUGUACACUGUCACAGCCACUGGUGCAGAUUUCGAUGCGGCUUCCUUUGCGCGUACCAAAAUAUCAGCUCGGGCGCCCACAGGUACCAGCGUGGCGAGAUCGCCAAGCGCGUGCGCUGUCGAUGGUAUGCCCUCUCGAAGAAGUUCGGAGGAUGAUGAUGUCGUGAUCCUGGAAGACCGUCSAGCCAAACGUCCGCGUACAGGGAAUGGCAAUGCAGAGCAUACUGCGCCCUAUUCACGAAGUCGUAACGCAGGCAGUGUCUCUGAAGAUACUACCAUUCAGCGUGUAUCUGAAGUUCUCUCCUUUGUCAAGGAUUGGCACGGCGAGUGGACCAGGCAAGGAGGUUGGCUCUUUGAUACGCUCAACUCAGCCAGCAAAGCCCAUACGGGAACGCAGCUCGCCAUCGACAAAAAGCUCGACGCUGUUCAAGAUGUCAUUGGGCAGAGUUUGAACGCAGCGAGCGCAUCGACCAUGUCUGAACUGGCCAACAUCACGAAGUUAAUACCAUGGCUCGAGCAUUGUCGCAAGACAAAUGCUGACAAGGUUCAAGCGAGAGAGGAAAAGUGGAGGUCCAGCAGUGCGACGUUUCAUGAUCAGAAUCGACGAGACAGGGAAACCGCCGAGAAACAGAUCAAAGAGCAACUGGAGUCUCAACGGAGCCUGCUAAUCAAGAUUGCAGAGGCGAAUGGUAUUGAUGUCGACGAGGAAGAGAAACUCAGCGAGGCGAGWCUAGGUGCUCAGUUGAGAUCGGAGCUGAAUCUCGAGGCAUCCCGUCAUGACGACUCGCGGAAAAACUCACGCUCACAAAUCGACGAUUAG